GAAUUUUCAUUGAAGAUAGGAAUGCAGCAAAAUUGUUAAUGCAGCGUAGAUUUUAAUACAGUUUUCUUCCCAUUUGGUAUAUUUUGAACUAAAAAAACAGUUCUCGAACGCAUUGGAAGGAAAAGACAUGGCGACAUCUCUGAGUGAGAUGAUAGCAGCCCCUUCAUUGUCAUUAGUAAAAUAUGAAACACCAACCUUAGUGACAACAAAAGAAACUGAUUCAAAAGCAGCUCGUAAGGAAAGUCGUUUUCCAAGUAUUAGAGAAAAGCCAUCAUCAGCUCGUUCAUCUCGCCAGGAUUCAAAAUCAAAAGAACAUCAAGUUGCUGAAAUUUUGGAUGCUAUUCUGCCACCCAGGGAAUAUGAAGAAGAUGGAAAGCUAUGGAUUCAACCCGUUUCGAGAACACCAGCUACAAGAUUAGAUGUAGUUAACCUCUCUGAAAAAUUGGACAGUCGUCUGAUAGAGCGCAAUGCUCGUGAAAUUGGAAUAUGCCCCAUCAGAAGAGAACUAUAUGAUCAGUGUUUCGAUGAACUUAUUCGCCAAGAAACACUUAACUGCAUGGAGCGUGGACUUCUUUUCGUUCGAGUGCGAGACGAGUUGAGAAUGAGCCUUGCUGCAUAUGAGACACUGUAUGAUAGCGGUGUAGCAUUCGGUAUUCGGAAAGCACUUACGUCUGAGAGAGGAAAAAUGGAUAUAAUAGAAAAACUGGACUUUCUAACCACUGAAAAUGAAGAUUUAAGGAGACAGUUGAAGCUUCAGGAAGCGCGGCAUGAACUCUUACGAAAAGAAUGGGAGAGAAGAGCAGAAGCUGAGAGUAAACAGUUAGGGGACAAAAUUGAGCUUCUUGAAAGAGCAAACUCGCAGCUUAAGGAGCAACUGGAAGCAAUAGCCUUCGCAACCGGAAAGGAAUCGACAGAAAGUGCUAUGACAAGCGUUAUCGAAAAUGAAUGAAUGAAUUAUCGAAAAUGAAUGAAAGCGUUAUCGAAAAAUGAAUGAAUGAUUAAUACUGACAAAACUUAUUGGUGGCUUUAUUGUUAUAUUUUUCGAAUCAUUAACUCUUUCAAAGGAGCAACUGGAAGCAAUAGCCUUCGCAACCGGAAAGGAAUCGAUAGAAAGUGCUAUGACAAGCGUUAUCGGAAAUGAAUGAAUGAAUCCUCAAAAAACUUAUUUUAAUAUACUUAAAUUAAGAGUUCUUAUUGCCAUUACUAUGAACCAAUAAUAAUUUAUUUACUGAAAUUUAAUUUAGGAGAUUAAAUAAUUUGACUUUAAUGAAAGCUUAUUAAAUAAAAAAUUUUAACUAUGAGAAAGUAUUACAUUACUAUGACAUAACAGCUGCAAAUCUCUUCCAAACGGCAUUUGAUAUGAGUUUUAGAAAAAAAUUCGAUUAAUGAGUUCUCUUAAUUUUAUUACCUGAAAUAAAUAAGCAGUUAAUUUUUCAUGUUCAUCAAAUGCGAUUUUUCCUAAUAAAAACUUUUCGUAUACUAUUGGUGUUUUUAUAAUACAGUGCAGCAUAUUUAAUUUUUGAUUAGCUCAAACUUCUUUUUUUAUACAGACAAAUUACCCGUA